GUUAGGUUGACUCCGUGCCCGUGACGACGCUUUGGCUGUGAUGGGCGCUUAAGUUAUAAUUGAAGUUUUCAGUGAACCAUCGCGACAGUUUUCAAGCCUCAGAACAUAUUCACAGCAGGAAAAAGUUUGGGAAGCACUACUUUGCAGAUCUUGAACAUGCUUUGCCUUCUUCUGGGACCAAACUAAGCUCAAGAUGAAGGGGCUGUAUUGCCAGUUGGCCGAAUCGAAUGAAGACAUAAAAUUUGUGUUUCAAGACAAGGAAUCUGUUCCAAGUGUAUAUGACCAUUACAUAAAAUUACAGGUUAAAGUUUGUGCCUUCAGUCCUUUGAAUACCAAGCUGCUGAAGGAACUAAAUUUACAGCAAGAUUUCUUUCCAAUUGGAAGAGAAGUUGCUGGAGUGGUUCUUGAAGUUGGACCAAAAGUGAGGUUCUUUAAGCCAAAUGAUGAAGUAGCUGGGAUUCUGCCUUUGGAUUGCAAAGAAUCUGGACUGUCCGAUAUUCUGCUUGUUCAUGAACAUAGUCUUGUAAAGAAACCUGAAAAUGUGAGCUGGGUGGAUGCUGCAGGGACUAUUUGUGAUGGACUGCGUGCAUAUAUGGCUUUGCACACACACACUCAUGUCAGUGCUGAGACAACUGUGUUAGUAAUGGAAGGAGCAAAUUCCUUUGGUACCAUUGUUAUUCAAUUAGCUCACCAUCGAGGAGCUAAAGUAAUUUCUACUGUAAACACCAUUGAGGACAAAACAUACUUGGAAGGAUUGAGACCAACCGUUGGUAUCAGACAACCUUUAGUAGCCAAGGUGAUCAAUUUAUCCGAUGGGAAGGUUGACCUUGUGGAUAGUUGUUUAGAAGAAACAGGUGGUCUGGGUGUGAACAUCAUCAUAGACUGUGGAGUGCAGUUGUACAGCAAAGAAGAUGAACCAGUUGUCAAACAACAUCUCCCGCAUAAACAUGACAUCCUCAGUCUUCUGUCUGUUGGAGGUCACUGGGUAACAACAGAGGAAAAUCUGCAGCUGGAUCCUCCAGAUAGUCAGUUUCUAUUUUGUAAAGCAGCAACCAUUUCAUUCCUAAAUGAGGAAGUGUGGCAACUAUCAAACAUGCAUCAAGGGAAGUAUCUACAUAUUUUGAAAGACGUGAUGGAGAAGCUGGCCACUGGAACCUUUCGGCCUCAGUUGGAUGAACCCAUUCCAAUAUAUGAAGCCUCAGUUGCUAUGGAGAUGGUUCAGAAGAAACAAGUCAAGAAAAAACAAGUUGUUCGGCUCUGAAACAGUGUCAUGAUAACUAAUUUCUGCAAACAGCCAAAAGACUGGUGUUGAUUCCCAAAGCAUCUGUGUUAUUCUGGGCAAAUCGACAGCUUCAAUUCCACUUCAACACUCGAAUAUUAUAGCCACCUGUUUCCUGACAAUGCUGUCGUUAUGUACCGUCUUACAGAAAAGCUGAUCAUUUGUAAUAACAAGAAUGUGGUUUGCUGCAUAUACUUGACCUCAAGACUAAUUUCAAAAUGUUUUGAAACCAUCUGAAAUCAUGCAAAAAGAUUCAGUUUUGCUAAUUUCUAGCGUACAUUGCCUCUUGUCAACAGAGUGGUUGAUGCUAAGUGUUGCAUCAACUAAUUAGACUGGAUCAGUAGAAUAUAGGAUUGCAGUAGUAUAGCUUGGUGUCUACAAGGUCAGUUUGGUGAUGUCAUGCUCUUAAAGAAACAGUCCAGUUGGAAUGAGCUGCAUCCAAUUUAAUGGUGAGUCCUACUGUUGUCAUUUGAUACUGCAACGGCUCUCUAACCAUGACCGCAGUGGAUACAAAAAAGCAACUUUUUACAUCGGAUAAUUUUAAACUAUUUUCAAGCAGCACCGUGUCGCCUUUCUCUCUGCUUCCAUAGCAAGAGUGAAAACAAAUUAGCUUAAUUUGGCUCUGUAUCAGCAAGUUCUUCUAAAAUAGACUUUUUUUUCUUUCAGGGCUGGUUAGUGUGAAUUGUUUAUAGUUCCCUGCACUAGUUUAGUCAAGCAUGUUGGCUCAAGCCUGAGCCUUUGUAAUCCCAGUGAAAUCAUUGUCUGCUUUGUGCUAAAGCAAUUCUCAGUCCAGCAGUUUCUGACAAUUAUAGAAAGAAGUUGAAUGGGCAAUAAAUAAAAGUUUUAGAAAGCC